UAAGUCCACAAUUUGCCCAACCAUACGACAAGGUCGAAAAUAAAGAUGGCGUCCAUAAUAACACGGGCGAGAAAUUUUAUGUCUCAUGAAAAAUGUGCAAUUGGAAACUUACUGAAAGUAUGACAAUCUUAAUAAUUUCAACAAAAUGUAUUAAAUCAUUUUGUUAGAAAAAAUGCAUGAUAACGCUGUCUUUCCGCUUUUUAUGACAGGCCGUCAGUGUGAAAAACCAGACUGUCAAUCAGCGAAGAAAUUUGAAUAUUCACGAAUAUUCUGCCAUGAAUCUGCUUAUGGAAAAUGGCAUUUCUGUUCCCAAAUACAAAGUUGCUGAAAGUGCCAACGAAGUGAAUAAAAUUGCUAAAAAAUAUGGUGAAAUAACUGGGACUAAGGAUGUUGUACUUAAGGCUCAAGUUUUGGCUGGUGGAAGAGGAAAAGGUAGCUUUGACAGCGGUUUAAAAGGAGGAGUGAAAAUAGUUUUCAACGAAAAAGAGGCAGAGGAGGUAGCAUCCAAAAUGAUUGGCCAUAAAAUAUUUACGAAACAAACUGGGGAGCUUGGUCGUAUUGUCAACAAAGUUAUGGUGUGCGAAAGACUCUAUUCGAGAAGAGAAUACUACUUUGCUAUUACCAUGGACAGAAAACAUGCUGGCCCUGUGCUGCUAGCAAGUUCUCAAGGAGGAAUGGAUAUCGAGGAAGUUGCGAAAGAAAGUCCAGAAAGUAUUGUCACAGAACCUGUAGAUAUUAAUACAGGAAUAAAGAAGGAGCAAGCCGAAAGGGUGGCUGAAGCCAUGGGAUUUACUGGCAACCAAGCUGUCCAAGCUGCAGAUUAUAUCGAAAAGCUGUAUAACGUAUUUAUCAAUUACGAUGCUACUCUAAUUGAAAUCAAUCCUAUGGCUGAGGAUGCCACUGGAAAAGUCUACUGUAUGGACUGUAAAAUAAACUUUGAUGACAAUGCAGCAUAUCGGCAGAAAGAAAUUCAUAAACUUCGCGAUUGGUCACAAGAAGAUCCACGUGAAGAAGUUGCCAGCAAAGCUGGUUUAAAUUACAUUGGUCUGGAUGGAAGCGUUGGUUGUCUAGUUAAUGGUGCUGGUUUAGCAAUGUCCACCAUGGAUAUUAUCAAAUUGCAUGGAGGCUCUCCUGCAAAUUUCCUGGAUCUGGGAGGUGGAGCUACGGCCGAGCAGGUUACCGAAGCUUUCAGACUAAUAACCAGUGAUAAAACUAGAGUGAAGGCAAUUUUAGUGAAUAUCUUUGGAGGAAUAAUGAGAUGUGACGUAAUUGCUAAGGGAAUUAUUGAUGCUGCUCAAACCUUAAAUCUGAAUAUACCCGUAGUUGUUCGACUUCAGGGUACCAGAGUAGAAGAUGCCAAAGCUCUCAUAGCCGCUUCUGGCCUUCGAAUCUUGUCUUGUGAUAAUUUGGAUGACGCCGCUAAAAUGGUUGUACGUUUAUCCGAUAUUGUCGCAUUGGCUAAAGAAGCAGCAGUCGAUGUAAAAUUUGAGUUGCCAUUGUCUCUUCAAUGGAAUAGCGAAGAUGAAGAGUUUCAAGGACCAAAGAGGAAAAGGAAGAAAAAGUCUGAACACAAGUCAAAAGAAGUCAACUGGGAUCGUUUAGAAACUGUUCCGUUAAAUGAAGAAGAUGUCCUCUUAGAUUUCAAUGACUAUUGGAUGAAAAAUGGAGAACAGCAUACAUGGGACAUAUGGGUUCAAAAGUACUCUGAUUUUUUACAAAGUGAUAAUGUUGAGCAAGACACAAUAGAUGUUGGAAACGAUAGCAAUAAGGACACAGUUGCUGAUAACUACGAAACUACUGACGAACCAGCUACAAUUGAAAACAGCUGUCAAAGUGAAAAUGUAUCUAAUCAAUCAAAUAAUGAACAAACUGGGUGGAGUGAAGAAUGGCUUGAAUUAUGGAAUGAACACGUCUCUGAAACUUCAUAUCAUUAUUUUGCACUUUAUCCAAAACUUCAAAAGAAAAUAGAGAAUAAGCGAAAAGUUCAAAGUAGCACUGAUGAAAAAGGUGAGGAUUCUGGUGAAACUUACUUGCAGAAUGAAGCAGAAUUAAUGGAGAAUAUGGACUUGCCUAUAUGUUUUGGUAAGAGAACUGAUAAUUGGAAAAAAGACGCAAAUAUUACAUCAAAUGUUGAAACACUUAAUAAAGGCGAAAGUGACAAUGAUUCUGGACCUGAAGAAUAUUCAUCAAAAUUCACAAGGCAAGCUGAAUUUCAAUUAGAAGAAACAUUAGACAAACAGGAUAUGCUUUCGAUUUCAGAAGCGAAAACAAAUGAAAAUGCAGAAAGUACAAAGCAUUUUUUUGAAAACCUCUACCUCAGUCAAAAUGAGCAGCUGUUCAAUGCUCAUGUAACUUUCCCAAAAGUUGACAUAAUUAAUUAUGAUGAAAUUGAUAGAAAACGCCGACCAGUUAAAAAGAAAAAGAAGAAGAAGAAAAAAAAACAAAAGCAAAAUUUAGAUUCAAAAUCUUUAAUACACUCUGUUAAAAAUAUCUUACAAGGUUCGGAGACAGAAUUUCAUUCUUGCUUCGAGAAAUCAGACGACAUGUAUAUAAGUGCUGAAGAUGACGGUGAUGAUGAUAAGGAUGAAAUUGAAGAUGAAACUGCUGAAGCUUUAAUUGCAAAGGAUAAGUCUACAAAGAUCUCUGAAGCUAUUAAUGUAUUACCUGAUGAAAGAUGCGAUGCAACAGAGGAAUCAACUGGUGCUGAAGUUUGGUCUGAUGAAAUGAAAGAAGGGAAAAUUUAUAUUGGGGGCUCCAAUUCUGGAAAAAUUGACAGGUCUAUUUAUAAAUAUUGGUAUCAAAGAUAUUUAUUAUUUUCUAAAUUCGAUGAUGGCAUUAUGCUCGAUCACGAAGGAUGGUUUUCAGUAACGCCUGAAAUUAUAGCAAAGCACGUAGCGGAAAGAUGUAAAUGUGAUGUUAUUGUUGAUGCAUUCUGUGGAGCAGGAGGAAAUACUAUUCAAUUUGCUUUAACUUGUAAACGAGUUAUAGCAAUUGAUAUUGACCCAGUUAAGUUAAAAUGUGCAAAGAAUAAUGCAAAGAUAUAUGGAGUUGAAGAUAAGAUAGAAUUCAUACAAGGAGACUUUUUAAAAGUUUAUCCAACCCUAAAGUGUGAUGUUGCCUUCCUAAGUCCUCCUUGGGGAGGUCCUGAAUAUUCUAAUACCGAUGUAUUUGAUCUAGAAAAAAUAGAACCAUGUAAAAGGGGCUAUGUUGGAGUGAUCGGAUUGGAGGUUCACGCACAAAUUAACUCAAAAACCAAAUUAUUUUCUGGUGCGAGCACAGAAUUUUUCGGUCUAACAAAUAAUCAAGUCGCUCCUUUAGACGCUUCAUUGCCAGGAACUUUACCGAUUCUAAAUAGAAGAUGUGUAGAAGUAGCUGUUCUAACAGCUUCUGCUUUGAAAUGCAAGAUUAAUAGGGUGUCAAAAUUUGAUAGAAAACAUUACUUUUAUGCCGAUUUACCGGCUGGCUACCAAAUUACUCAAUAUUGGGAACCUAUAGCUGAAGAUGGAAAAUUAGAGUAUCUAGUUGUGGAAAACAACAAAGUUAAUGUUAAACAAGCAAAAAUCACAAGAAUUCAACUGGAACAAGAUUCUGGUAGAAGCAUACAUGAUUUAGAUAAUCGAAAAACUUUUAUUGACCUAAAUCGAGCUGGUAUCGGUUUAUUGGAAAUUAUCACAGAGCCGGAUUUUCAAUCAGGACUUGAGGCUGCAUCAUUUGUAAGAGAACUACAAAGCGUAUUAAGAAUAAUAGGCGCCUCCGAUGGAAGAAUGGAUCGUGGAUCUCUCAGGGUUGAUGCAAAUAUUUCCGUGCACAAACCAGGAACCCCGCUUGGUACUCGAACAGAAAUUAAGAAUAUAAGUAGUCCUAAGAAUGUUGCAAGGGCCAUAAGUUUUGAAAUAAAGAGACAAUUGAAAUUAAUUGAAAAAGGAAUGGAGAUAGAAAAUGAAACUAGAAGUUUUGAUUCGGAAAAUAACGAAACUGUUGAAAUGAGAGAUAAAGAGAAACUUCAAGAUUAUAGAUUUAUGCCGGAACUUAACCUACCCCCUCUUAGGAUUUAUGAUGACCUUCAUCCACCCCCUCCGAAUUCCGAUUCGGAUCAGAUAAUUAAUGUGGAUACUAUUCGGAAAUCAUUACCAGCUUUACCAAAAAAGAUUCGAGAAAGUUUACGAGAACGAUUUGAUUUAUCGUUGCUACAAACCUCCAUUCUUCUGAAUGAAGAAGGAUUACGGGAAUACUUUGAAAAUUCGGUCAAUUUCUUGACUGAUAAGAUAAAGAAGAGAGUGAUGAUGAUUUAUAAUCUUUUAGUUAAUAAUGUACUUGGAGAACUUAACUCGAGAAAUUUAACCUUUGCAGAAUGCCCUAUACAACCCUCCAAUAUUGCCGAAAUAGUUAAUCUACUAGAAAGUGAAAAAAUAUCUAAGACCGCCGCUCAAUCUAUUAUUAGCGAAUUGUUUAACGUCCAAGAUUUGACUACUACCGAAGCAGUAAACAACCUUAAUUUAUGGCAGGAAAAUGAUUCGAACCGUAUAGAAGAAAUAUGUAUAAAUGCCAUUAAAAAUAAUAAGGAUAUUGUAAAUGCUUAUCGAAGUGGAAAGAAAAAGGCUAAAAAUGCUCUAAUUGGAUCAAUUAUGAAGGAAGGUGGUGGAAAGUUAAAUCCUAAAAUGGUUAAUCGAAUAUUAACUGACCUAAUGAGGGGAGGAAAAUAG